CAGGUAGAUGGCUACAUGGCUGUCUAAGAGUAUCUCUAUCUAGUCACCGCGGUGGUCAUGAUUGAUGGUUGAUGGAUAGGAAGAUGUGCAGCAGGCGUAUAACUGAGCACGGACGUGCAUUCUGAUGAAGAAAAAUCCAAUCGGGUUGCCGCCACUUGGCACUAGCGCGCUCGCACACCCCACUCGUCAAAAAUCCGUGUCUCCUCCUCACGCAGACAAAGCGAGCUCUCCUUCUCUCUCUUUCCCCUCCCAUCGACUCCAUCGCCUCGUCUCAGGUCAGCCUCUUUCCCACCUCACCGUCGCCUUGAUAAAGACUCGGUCGCUCACUUUUUUUCUUCACAGGCAGGCUCUCUUUCAAUUUACACAUUCACCAGUGCUUGACGCACUACACUGAGAGCGGGGCCCUCCAAGUAAAACUUUUUCAAGAGAUACCCAUACAAAUACCGCCAACAUGGUCAAGUUCACUGUUGAGGAGAUCCGCGG